UCUCCCUCCCUCUCUCCUUUUGGAUGUGCAUGUGUGUGAGAGCAGGUACCAGGCGCAGCGGCAGGUGACCCAGGUGCUGCAGACGGAGCUGCUUCAGCUCUACAGCCAGCUGGAGGUGGAAGUCCCGGCCUGCAGCAUCUCGCCAGCAGGGGGCAGCGUCGAGGCCUUUGGUCCAGCCCUCUGCAGGCCUGAGCAGGGCAGCCCGGGAGCGGCUGAGCAGGUGGCAGAGGGGGAGCGCAGCAGUAGCACUUUAUCAGCGGGGGAACUUCAGGCCGCCCCGAUGGCCAAUGGCAGCCAGGAGCCCCUGACCCCGCCCCUCCUCGUCCCCGCCCCCGUGCCUCUCCUGGGCGAUGCCCCACUCAGCGUGGGCUCCUACCCAAGUGCCAAGAGCUUCCUGGGCAUAUGGGCCCGCGAGCUGUUCCGCAACAAGAGCGAGAGCCAAUGCGAGACUGGCUCCUGCCAGGCCCCGCCCACCCAGCACUGCACAGAGCCAAUCGGGAGUGCUGGUGCCAGCUCCACCUCCACGCGAGCCCCUCAUGCCAUGCCCACCAGGGACGAGCACCCUGAUGCUCAGGGGGGUGGGGCGGGGGCCGGCCACGCCCAGCACAGCCAGCUCAGCAUCAUGGACUAUAACGAGGCUCACCAUGAGCACAGCUGGAGCAAGAGAGAGCCGCAGGAGCCCCUUUCCUGAGCAGACAGCAGGGGCCCCUUUCCUGAGCAGACAGCAGGACAAAGAAGUUCAGCCCCCCUCCCCCCACACCCCUGUGGGGUUACAGUGUAAACGCAGUGAGAUCCCAGCACAGGACAGUGGGGUACAGUGUAAACGCAGUGAGAUCCCAGCACAGGACAGUGGGGUACAGUGUAAACGCAGUGAGAUCCCAGCACAGGACAGUGGGGUACAGUGUAAACGCAGUGAGAUCCCGCACAGGACAGUGGGGUACAGUGUAAACGCAGUGAGAUCCCAGCACAGGACAGUGGGGUACAGUGUAAACGCAGUGAGAUCCCAGCACAGGACAGUGGGGUACAGUGUAAACGCAGUGAGAUCCCAGCACAGGACAGUGGGGUACAGUGUAAACGCAGUGAGAUCCCGCACAGGACAGUGGGGUACAGUGUAAACGCAGUGAGAUCCCAGCACAGGACAGUGGGGUACAGUGUAAACGCAGUGAGAUCCCGCACAGGACAGUGGGGUACAGUGUAAACGCAGUGAGAUCCCAGCACAGGACAGUGGGGUACAGUGUAAACGCAGUGAGAUCCCAGCACAGGACAGUGGGGUACAGUGUAACAGCACAAAAGGGGGUUUCAGGGAAGGGGACUCAAAAACAGCAGACAAAAACGCUGAAAGCAGUUGCUUGUGUUUAAGUGUGAAGGAUUCAGAAAUAAAGUUUUGGAUGUUGUGCAGCACACAGUGGGUCCAGUUUCUCGUCAGUGUGGCUCUGUCCAGCUGUUGCUCCUUCAUUAAAAUGUGCAGCUCUGAAAGCUCAAUGGCUCCCCCUGCCCUGCGUCACAGAGAAUGUGGCAGAGCAGCGCCCUCUGCUGGAGACUACAGUAUUAAACACGCUUGUUUAGAUAUAAGUCUGACGGUUUAAUGUAGUGUUCCUCAAGCAUGUAAAGACGUGAUAGUUCCCUCCUGGACAGAAUGCAAUGCAAACUGCAGUCAGAUUGUACAGCAAAGAC